GUUCACACAAACCAAAAAUUAUCAUUUUUAGUCAAAAUAGACAUCAAUGAGAGGAAAUGAGAACAGAAUCAAGAAAAACUUCAAGGAAAAAUAUUGAAAUUUCCGCUGCAACCAAAGCAAACGUCAUGAAACUGUUGUUGUUAUUGACGAUAUCAUAUGAGGCAACAUGUGUUAGUUUAGGCGGGAUUUCCUUCUUUCCAGCUCAUGUGAAGCAAGUAUUCAUUCUACAAAAGUCACAUCGCCGUCUCUAUAUCCAAAAAUGUUGUGAGAAUAAAGUUUGCACUGACUCCAACGUAACACAAUUUUUAAUAACGACGACCAGAAAAGAGUUAGAAACCACCUCUCAACACGCAACAUCACGUGUCUCCUUGAAGGCUACCACGAGAUCUUCAUCAUCUACGUCAACUUCAACAUCAACUUCAACCUCGACUACGACCUCAACUUCGACCACAACCACAGUUCCUCCAUAUGUCGAAUGUUUGGCGAAUCCUGCGCUACUCGACUCUUCUGGCCUGGUUAACGUCACUCAAAAUCCUAUGGUGUCCGAGGGUAUAUACUAUUCUGCAUGUGGAAUCUUAUACUUGAUCAGCGAUUUUAUUUUGAUGAAAAAUAUGACCGAUGCCUCGGCACAUUGUUGUUCACGUAACAUGACAUUGGCUAGUUUUGCAACAGAUGAGGAGCUGGAAUGCUUUUGGAAUACCAUUUUAAUCAAGCCCUACUGGAACCAGGACACCAUACCAAUAUGGUUGGCUGGAUUACCGACCAAUACAAGCACAGCAACACCAUUCGUUACAUUAACAGGAACUUCACAUUCACUUACUUACCAGCGCAAUGGUGCAGUUCUGAACCCAUCAAAUUUGAGCACAGAAUUUUGCCUCUAUGGUAUUGCUAGCAGCCAAGGGAUGAAUUUCGGUAUGUCUACUUGCGGCACAUUAAAACAAUUCAUGUGCGAGACUCCCCUUACUCGAAGUCUAUUUCCAAUUUGUCCUAAUUGCACAGCAAACGCGAACCGUGUGGCUGCAAUCAAUCCAUAUGUUAGAAUGGUCAACGACAGCACUCCGUAUAACGGCGUCGUCUUUGAGCCAUACAAAUAUUUGUUUAAAUCUUGCAACAAUACGUAUCUGGUUAUCGAAAGCGGAGUAUAGCUAAAAUAGAUAGAUAUAAAAGAGGAUGCGGUAUGAACGUUACAUUUCAUAGCUCAACUGGUACGACUCAUGGCAAUCGUGUUGUGAACUUGGAUUUAUUCCGUUAUUGCUGGAAUCCAAUGCUCAAAGAUUGUGUUUGGAAAAUUCAACAACCAGUGAUAAAAUUCUCCUACCU